AUGUGGUCAAAUAUCAUUCUUUCUUUGGCUCUUGGCAGCAUUCACCCAACCGUGGCUAAGCCGUUGCCCGAAGCAGCAACCAAACCCGGCACAUCGAACAACACAGUCCAGGGGUGUCUCAACGCCGCCAAGGCACCAGUUGUCGUAUCCUCAUCCUCAGAUUGGUCCGACGAUAUCCGGCCCUACAACUCUCGUUUGCAAUACACACCAGCUGUUGUAGUAACGGCUACCGAUGUCAGCCAUGUGCAGGCCGCCGUGAAGUGCGGAGCGCAGUAUAAUCUCAAGGUCACAGCCCGAGGCGGCGGUCACAGCUACUCUUCGGCCGGACUCGGCGGCGAAAACGGCCAUGUGGUUGUUUGGCUCGACGAGAUGUACGGCGUGACGUUGAAUUCCGAUAACACUGCGACGGUGCAAGCGGGCGCGAGACUUGGCCACAUCGCGACGGAGCUGUUUAAUCAGGGAGGCCGGGCCAUCUCACAUGGAUCAUGUCCUGGUGUUGGUAUGGGACAUGUCUUGCAUGGAGGCUUCGGCUUUUCAUCUUCCAUGUACGGCCUUGCGCAAGAUUGGAUCGCUGAGGCGACCGUAGUCACGGCCGACGGAAAGGUCGUCAAAGCAUCGCAGACCCAAAAUACGGAUCUCUUUUGGGCCCUUCGUGGCGCGGGGUCGUCUUUCGGCAUCGUUACAGAGUUCAAGUUCAACACCUUCGCAGCUCCAUCAGUUGUCACAUGGUUCAAGGUCUCAUCACCAUUUAAGAAGGACAAGCUGGCUUCGGCUCUCGUGGCUCUCCAAAAGUAUGCCCAGAACGACAAGCCUAUUGAGUUAAAUAUGCGGGCCGUCGUCACCGCCGACAGCACCGCGUUUGAUGGCCUCUACUACGGGACCGCAGACCAGACACGCGUUGUGCUCAAGAAGUUCCUCUCACCCCUGGGUAUCGACGUCGGUGGCGCAACCAUUACCCAGACUGACUGGAUCGGCCAGCUGGAGCACUACGCCGGCUCAGCGGCCCUUGAUGAGACCGGACCGCAGAGCCUAUCCGAUACUUUCUACGCCUCGAGUCUCAUGACCAAGACGGUCUCGACUGCGGGCUUCGCUGCCUUUGCCGAUUACUACCAGAACACAGCAAAGUCGACGGACAGCGGCUGGUUCGUCCUCAUCGAUGUCCAUGGUGGCAAAACCAAGACAGCCCAGGUUUCAAACUCAGCGACAGCUUACGCCCAUCGUGAUAAGGUGCUCAUGUGGCAGUUCUAUGACUCUUCUGGAAGUUCUGCGUACCCAAAGUCCGGAUACAAAUUCCUCAGCAAAUGGAUGGCAUCAGUAACAAACACCAUGGCAACUAAUGAGUGGGGUCGCUACGUGAAUUAUGCCGACUCCCAGCUCAGCAAUGCGGAUGCACAAGAUCAGUACUACCGGGAUAAUCUGGGGCGUUUGAAGGCUAUCAAGGCUAAGCUUGAUCCCAAGAAUUUGUUCACCUACCCGCAGGGGGUGGGCUCAUAA